AUGGCCCCCAGGCAGAAAGUAGCAGCUGAAAAGAUAAACAACAAAAAGCUAGGCUUUGGGGUUUUGCAAGAAGCACCUGCGCCACUCCCACAACCACCGGUCAUUCAACAAAAGACUGCACAGAAGGAAUUGAGGACCAAAUUCGAUCUUGCAUUGCUCUUCUCUGAGGCUACCUGGAAUUUCUUUGAAAGGACCAGGAAUCGGCCGGUAAUAGUGGAAAGAGGAGUGGACACUGAUAGUGCACCAGCAUUGUACAUCUCUCUAUACAGGUGGGCAAGGCUGGCUAAUCCUCUAAUGGAACCGAGGAUGAAUGCAGUAAGGAAAUGUUACAGCAAUCUGACAGAGGCAGAAGGAGACGUGGUGUAUGUGAGAGGAAGGAAUGUGGACAUUAGCCCUGCCACAAUCAGAACCACAUGGAGCUUGCCGACAGUGGAAAUAGACCUAGAUAAGGCACUAACGGAUAUGCACAAAGAUAAAAGCUUAGUAGAUGUGUUCCUCAACGAGCUCUAUGAAGAUGAGAACAGCGACUUGAUGUGGGAACUCACAAAAAAGGGAACCCCUUAA